AUGGGCCUCUUUGAUAUCCUACGCCAACUGCGCUUCCUGCUGUUCACCUUUCUCCCCGACCAGUUCUUCGCCAGCCUGCCUGAAACCAUCCAAGACCUGACGGGCCGCACCUACAUCGUGACAGGGAGCAACAGCGGCCUGGGGCUGGCAACCGUGGCGCAUCUGGCGCACAUGAAGCCAGCACGCAUCAUCCUGGCCGUGCGAGAUAGCAGCAAGGGCGAGAAAGCGCGCGAGGAAGUGGUGGCGGAGACGGGUUACACGGGGAGAAUGGACGUCUGGCUGCUCGACAUGGCCAGCUUCGCGAGCGUUUAUGCUUUUGCGGAGAGAGCGAACAGCGAGCUCGACAGGCUCGAUGGGGCCAUCCUCAAUGCCGGGAUAAACGUGCCGUGGUGGCGCAAGACCGUCGACGGCUGGGAGACAAUUCUACAAGUCAACACGCUCGCCACCGGUUUUCUCGGCAUCCUCCUUCUUCCGUUGCUCAGCAAAACCGCGUCGCUGCCCGCGCCACUUCCGGAGUCGACGGCGAUAGCACCACACUUGACUAUCACCGGUUCUGCUGCGCAAUUCCUCGCUACCUUCAAUGAAAAGCGCGAAAAAUCCGGCAUCCUUCACGCUCUCAACAACGAGGACAAGCCGGGGGACCCGUACCCCACCUCAAAGCUCCUCCUUGUCCUCUGCGCCCGCAAACUGGCCGCCCUCCCCAUCGCCAAGAACGUCGUCGUCAACGUCGUCGACCCAGGGCUCUGCGUCACCAACAUUGGCUCCGACUACAAGCUUCCUAACUGGGUAAUGACCAUCAUCCGCGCGAUUGCUUGGACCGCUGAGAAAGGCGCGUUGAAUAUGACCUGGGCGGCCCUCCGGCCUACCCCUCCCGCAGCCUUUGUCACCUCUUGUGAAGUCAGGAAAUCUGCGGCAUGGAGCUACACUCAAGACGGGGCCCGUGUCCAGGAGCAGGUGUGGAAAGAGAUGGUCGAGGUUUGGUCCACUGCGGCGCCCACAAUUCCACAAAUUAUCAAUACUUUGUAG